UACACUUGGUAUAAACGGUUAAAAAUAUUAGAAGAAUUAUCAGGUGCCCUCAAAAGUAUUCAUGGUAAAGGAGUAAUUCAUCAUGAUUUUCAUUGUGGUAAUAUUUUAAUGAAUGACGAAGAUAUAUUUCACUUUCCAGCUAUCGGUGAUUUGGGAUUAUGUGGAAAUUAUAAUAAAACAAGAAUUCUAAUUGGCGUGACAUCUUUUAUUGCACCUGAACAUUUGAAAGAAAAUCCAGAAAAGUUACAACAGCAUCUGAUAUUUAUAGUCGUAUGGAUAAUUGGUUGUUGUAAUUUACCUUACGAAGAAUUCAAGAAUGAUCAACUUAGAUUACAAUUUAAUAUAGUAAUUAAAGGUUUACUUCAAAAGAUAUUCCAACAAGUUAUGCAGAACUUAUGAAAAGACGUUGGGAUGAUAAUCCAAAAAAA